AUGGGAUUGUGUAAAUGUCCCAGAAAGAAGGUCACAAAUCUGUUCUGUUUUGAACACAGAGUGAACGUCUGCGAGCACUGCUUGGUGGAGAAUCACCAUGACUGCGUCGUACAAAGCUAUCUCCAAUGGCUGACUGAUUGUGACUUCGACACAAACUGCUCCUUGUGUGAGAGGCCCCUUGCCGACGCUGAAACCAUUCGUCUUCAGUGCCUCCAUCUGCUUCACUGGUCGUGUCUUGACCAAUGGGCUCGACGUUUUCCGGCCACCACUGCUCCGGCUGGCUAUUGUUGUCCAUUUUGUCGGUGUGUUUCUUACCCCUGUACCAUUGCUAGCAUUUGUAAUGAGGCCUUAUUUCCUGCGGCAAACCAAACUUCUCCUAUGAUAGAUGAGCUUCGCGCCAAACUCCAACAGGCUAACUGGGCUCGAGCUGGUCUGGGCCUACCGCUGCUGCCUGAAUUGAACCCUCCGCCUAUGCUUCCUCAGCAAUUUUCUCAUUCGGCUGCUUCCAAUAUGAUGCAUAAACCUCCACAAUAUAACAGUAAUGAUAUGGCAAAUGGUGGGCAAUUUGUAAUGCAUGGCAGUGAUGUUGCAGCUAAUAGGUCGAACACAGCCACGCCCGACGUAGCAUUGGAUAUGGACGAAGUUGCAUAUUCUGGAAGCAAGGAGCAAGUGACGUUCACGUGUACAGCCAAGUAUGGAAAUGCACCGCCGGCUCAAUUCACCGGAUAUAAACGCGUUCUACUUGUUCUCCUUUUCUUCGUGCUCGUUGUGAAGCACAUAUAUGAAAAGUACAAUGUUCAGCCAGUAGCGUCAUGCGCAAUGCCAGUAAUGAAAGGAAUGAGGGUAAAAACCAACUCAGAACUCACACGUAAGGUGCGAGAAGGAAUUAUGGAGUUCCUUCUCACUAAUCAUCCUCUUGACUGCCCCAUUUGUGAUCAGGGAGGCGAAUGUGACCUGCAAGAUCAAUCCAUGGUUUUUGGAAGCGAUCGUGGACGCCUUGUCGCUACUUAUGAUGGGAAGAGAGCUGUCGAGGAUAAGAACAUCGGUCCACUUGUGAAGACAGUUAUGACUCGGUGCAUUCAUUGCACGCGUUGUGUACGAUUCGCAAAUGAGAUAGCCGCUUUCCCCGAUUUCGGCACUACGGGAAGAGGAUCUGAUCUCCAGAUUGGUACUUACGUCGAGAAAUUUUUCGCUUCCGAAUUGUCUGGAAACAUAAUUGAUCUUUGCCCUGUUGGUGCCCUCACCAGCAAGCCGUACAGCUUUACUGCCCGACCGUGGGAGACUCGAAAGACGGAAAGUGUUGAUGUGAUGGAUGCUAUGGGUUCAAAUAUCGUAAUCUCACAUAGAACUGGCGAACUGCUCCGUGUUAUCCCGAAAAUAAACGACGAGGUUAACGAAGAAUGGAUCGGCGAUCAAACACGCUGGGCUAUUGAUGGGCUGAGGACGCAACGUCUGAUGACGCCAAUGAUGAAAGAUCAGAAUGGCGUCCUGAGACCAGCCUCAUGGGAAGAAACUUUGUUUGUUGUUGCACAGAAACUUCGUGAAACACCUGCUGAGCAAAAAGCGGCUGUAGUUGGAGGUCUCAACGAUGUUGAAUCGUUGGUAGCGCUCAAAGAUCUUUUCAACCGUUUCAAUUCCGAGAACGUUUGCACCGAAGAGGAGUUUCCAGCAACAUCCGACUUGAGGUCGAAUUACAUAAUGAAUGACACCAUUGUGGGUGUGGAGAAUUGUGAUGCACUUUUACUCAUCGGAACUAAUCCACGUUACGAAGCUCCAGUUCUCAAUGCCAGAAUUAGGAAAAUUUACCUCAACACCGAUAUUGAAGUUGGUGUGAUCGGUGGCGAUUCUGACCUGACAUAUGAUUACGAGCAUAUUGGCAACAGUACAAAGGCGAUUGAUGAUGUUAUUGCUGGAAAAACUCCUUUCGCAAAGAAGUUGUUGUCUGCUAAGAAUCCAAUGAUCAUCGUCGGAUCAGCAGCAGUCCAAGGAGAGAAGGGAGCCGACGUGUUCGCCAAGGUUCAACAACUGGCUGACAAAGUCCGUUCAAGUGGAUCAUGUGAUAAGUCGAGGAAGGUUGUGAACAUUCUGCAUCGCUGGGCUGGUCAGGUUGGCGCCUUGGAUGUGGGCUACCAGGCAGGCACGGCAGCAAUUCGCAAGAAGCCAAUUAAGUUCCUGUAUUUGUUGGGAGCAGAUGAAGGCAAGGUCACCAGGCAAAAUCUCGACCCGUCCGCCUUUGUCGUAUAUCAAGGACACCAUGGUGACGCUGGUGCUGAAAUGGCAGAUGUCAUUCUACCAGGAACUGCUUAUACGGAAAAGGAAGGAAUAUAUGUGAACACCGAGGGUCGGGCUCAGAGAACCCUGCCAGCUGUUACUCCACCUGGAGAAGCUCGCGUUGACUGGAAAAUUAUCAGAGCCAUUUCGGAAGUAGCUGGAAAGACAUUACCUUACGAUGAUCUUAAGCAGUUGCGUCACAGAAUUUCCGAGAUUGCGCCUCAUCUCUUGCGACUAGGCGAUGUGGAGCCUUCUGGCUACCUCAAGGAAGGACUUCAACUAGUCAAUUCAACGACGGGCCCCGUUGAUGUAGAUGUGACACCGAAGCAGAAAGUGUUAGCAGAUUUCUACAUUACGAAUGUGAUUUCUCGUAAUUCGACAACGAUGGCGCAAGGCUAA